AUGGACUCAAGCUGCGCUAUGCACUGUUGGCGGUGUUUGGAGGAUUACAGCCAAACCAUCUUAGCACAUACCCAAUCGCAAAUAGCAAUGCUGGUUGGUUUAGAUGGAAGCCAAGGAGUGAGAAAUGAUAUAGAUGAUAACACCGGCAGUGAUAUGCUCGAGUUUCAAGAGCCAAGCUUACACAAAUUGGAGAGACGAAACUGCUCG